AUGACGGUAGACAAGGAGUCAUUCCCUGGCAAUGCUUCUACUCUUGACCGUUUGGUCGCCAAGGUUAUUGCGAAAUUCCAAUCAUGCCCCAGCGACAAGCGCGGCUUGAUCUCGAUCUCGGGUGUUCCAGGAUCUGGCAAGUCAACAUUGGCUAGAGCUGUCGCAGAUCGCGUCCAGGAGUCGAUGCCGAAAGCCAGCUCAGCUAUCAUGGUUCCUAUGGAUGGCUAUCAUCUGUAUAGAUCCCAAUUAGCCGCCAUGCCUAAUUUUGCUGAGGCAAUUCAUCGCCGGGGGGCCGCAUUCACCUUCGACGCCGAUCGAUUCUAUAAGCUUGUUCAAGCUCUUGCUGAGCCAAUCACGUCUUCAACGCCAACCAUCUACGCGCCCAGCUUCGACCACGCAGUCAAAGACCCCGUGGAGAACGACAUUGCUAUCCCUGUGGAUGCCCGUGUAAUCAUAUUUGAGGGGCUUUACCUCAGUCUUGAUCGGGAGCCAUGGAGUUCGGCAGCCGGAUUGAUGGAUGAACUCUGGUUCUUGGACGUCGAUUACUUCGUUUUGUAUCUUCUUCCCAAGUAUCGCAUGCUGUCGCUGUAG